AUGCUUCGCCCGGAUCUUCUUAUAGGCCCUGCAUUGGUCGGCGUCAUAUUCAACGCCUUCCUCACCGGCUGCUUCUCGGUUCAAACAUAUGUUUACUACACACGGUACUCCAGUGACCGAUGGGAAUUCAAGUCUAUGGCUAGCUUGUUGGCGAUCUUCGAGUUUGUCAAGUUCGCUUCCGAGCUAUAUGGCAUCUGGGAGCUAACAGUUGCCGUGGUGGAGACAGGGAAUACGCCUCUUGUCACCACGUCUGCAGCAAUGAAAAUUGUAGCACUGCUGACUCCACUCACGGAUGGAACAGUUCAGUCAUUCUUCAUCUUUCGCCUCUGGAGGAUCUCUCGCUCGCUCGCGCCAGCUCUGGUGGGCAUCUUGCUGCUUGUGACAAGCCAGGUCAGCGGGUACAUGGCUGUUGCACGUGUGUUCAACGCGACCAGCGAGCUCGUCCUCGCUUCAGAGGUGUCCAUGCGUAUAAUCAUGGGGCUUGCGUUUGGCGCUCGCGUCAUGUGUGAUGGUUGGACUUCGGCGUUCGUCGUGCUUUACCUUCGGUCUAUUCGGCAGACGGUCAGGUUUGGGACGGAACGAAGCGCAUUUGGCAAACUCAUUCUCUGGACUGUCGAAACUGGUGUACGCACUAGCAUAGUCACAGCCGUGGUCUUAGUCACCUACCUGGUUUGCGGUCCCACAAACUACGUGUGGAUGGCGCCUUUCGCAAUUAUAGGGUCUGUAUACGCGAAUGUACUCUUAGCGACCAUGAACGGACGCUGGAUCCUCCAGGGUCAUUGGGCCGGGGAUGAGGAAUGCAGAAGUAAGGGUGUGAAUGCUUUGAGCCCGACAUAGAAUUUGGCACUUGUCGCCGUGUGUACAGCGUCCUUCUUGAUUAUGGGAGUUUCUGUUGCCACAUAGCUCCUUAUACCUACGUAAAUGAUACAUUCCUCACACCGG